UUGCAGAGUGAGAGAGGAGAGGAAUCAAGGAUGAUACCAAGGUUUUUGGCUUCAGCAACUAGAGUUGCCAUUUACUGAGAUGGGGACAACUUUGGAAGGGGAAGAUCUUUGGAUAUGGAGUUUGUCUUUGGACAUGGUCUGAGAUGUCUACUAGACAUCCAAAGGCAGAUGGCAAGUAGGCAGUAGACAGCAGAAUUAGAGGUCCCAGGAGAGGUCCAGACUGAAAGUGUACAUUGGGAAGAUGUCACUGUGGCAGUGGACUUAAGAAAAUGCACUUGAUUUGUUUGCUUCCCUGUAGUUUAGUCCUUACUCUGGCACAUUUGAGGUCUGCCUUGAAUUUAGAGAAAGUUGAGUUAGCCAUGACUUUGCGAUUAUGUAAUCAGGAACUACAAAUGUCAGCAACUGAAAAAGGAAGUCAGACUCUCUUAUGUCCUUGGAAAUAGCUGCAGGGACCAUUAACCAUUCACACUCCACAAGACUGGCAGUAAUGAAGGACCAGUAAGAGGCUGGAGAUGAAAGUAGAAGAAACUGCCUCUCCCCCUUCCAAAAAUAGCUAACAUAUAUGUUUAUUCCUCACAGUGUUCCAGAAGGAAGUGUAUCUUCAUACAUCAUCACACCUGAAAGACCUGAUCCAACUGCAGAGAUGGCAGCUGAGUCAUUGCCUUUUUCUUUUGGGACACUGUCCAGCUGGGAGCUGGAAGCCUGGUAUGAGGAUCUGCAAGAGGUCCUGUCCUCAGAUGAAAAUGGGAGUGCCUAUGUCUCACCCCCUAGAAACGAAGAGGAAGAAUCAAAAACCUUCACCACUCUUGACCCUGCCUGUCUGGCUUGGCUGACUGAAGAGCCAGGACCAGCAGAGGUUACAAGCACCUCCCAGAGCCCUCACUCACCUGAUUCUAGUCGGAGUUCCCUGGCUCAGGAGGAAGAGGAGGAAGACCAAGGAAGAACCAGAAAAAGGAAACAGAGUGGUCAGUCCCCAGCCCGGGCUGGAAAGCAACGCAUGAAGGAGAAAGAACAGGAGAAUGAAAGGAAAGUGGCACAGCUAGCUGAAGAGAAUGAACGGCUCAAGCAGGAAAUCGAGCGCCUGACCAGGGAAGUAGAGGCGACUCGCCGAGCUCUGAUUGACCGAAUGGUUAAUCUGCACCAAGCAUGAACAAUUUGGGACCAUCACUCCCCCACUCAGGCCACGACCAACCUUUCCCAGAAGUGGCUACUGUCCACCUUCUCACCAGUGCCAGUGAUGUGACCCUCAACCCCACAUAUUCAGUAGGGGGAAGGCUUGGGGUAGACAAAAGGAAAGGGUCUCAGCUUGUACAUAGACAUUGUACAUUUAUUUAUUACUGUCCACAUCCAUUAAAGUGACUUUCUAUGA